CGACAGCAGGCACUGUUUGCUCUCGUGUAUUUGCUAUAUAUUGUCGAUACUAAUAACAUCGAGAAUUUAAAGGCACUUAAAAUUGACCAACUAAGGCAAUAUCUAUUCGCAAUGAACUCAACUAUCGUAAGUGCCUUGGUAUUGUGUGGCGUCGUUUUUGCCAUGGCUUUCCAAGAGCCAUGCAAAGACGAGAUUGGCAACGAAUACCAACACGGUUCGACGUUUUAUAACGAAGAAAACUGCAAUAGGUGCUUCUGUACGAACGGCAUCCUAGGGUGCACACGGAUGCCCUGUGUAAAGCCACCGCCUGAGGGAGUGUGCGAGUACAACGGCCUCAGAUACAAUGCCGGAGACAGCUUCAAGGACACCGACGGCUGCAACACCUGUAGAUGUAUGAGGACAGGCAUGGUGGCAUGUACAUACAAGGCAUGUGCUCGCGGAUAGUGUGAAAUGAUGAUCACUUUCGAUGAAGGGUUGUAAUUAUAAAUAAAUGCGCUGCAGCUUA